CUUUAUCGAGUCCGCGGUCACACUGAACUGGACAGAACAGCCGCGCGUCGACGACGAAAACAAGAAAAUACAAUUUUUAAUGUUAAAACUUAACGGGCGGAUUUGAAAGAACUGCCUGCUGCGCAAAAUAAUGCAAGUGUAAAUGGUCGUUGCAUAAACAAACAAAUUGCAAAUAAAUAUAGUGAUAUUGCCCCUUCUUCUCGAACGGACUUCAGCUGGGUAAUCCGUGCAGCAAACUGAAUCUUAACCGGCAGAGACAGAGGCAGCAUUCGCUGGGCGGCCAUAUGGGUGGCAACAGUGCCGGAGCAGCCAAUGCCAGCGCCUUCAGCGCCGGCGGCUACAUCGGACCCACCAGCGCCAGCAGCCAGCACAGCCUGGGGGCGGCCGGAGGCAGCGACCUAAUACCCGGACCGAUUGGUACAGGCGCAGCCUUGGGCGUGUCCUCGUACGCCUACGGCGGCACCAGCUGGGAGGAGUUCUGUGAGCGGCAUGCUCGCGCGGCGGCCUCGGACUUUGCCAAGGCCUGCAUCACGUAUAUAAACGGGAACCUGCCCCCCGAGGAGGCGCGCAACAUACAGCAUCGCAGCUUUUCACAGAAAUUCGUCGAAUCCUUUGCGGUCCACUACGAUACGGAAUUCUUCAGGCGCCGUAGUACUUUAAAAAUUGGCGCCGGCUCACUGGACUUUGACGAGGAGCACGAGGUGCCGCCGCGUCUGCUGUCCAAAUCGCUGCUGCGGCGGCUAUCCUUCAAGGGACUGCGCAAGGGCAAGUUCCCCAUCCUGCAGGCCUUCUUCCACAAGAACUCGGACGACGUGGACGGCAGCGGCAAGCAGAGCAAGACCAAGCUUGCCAAGAUCGUGGUCGAGUGCCGCAAGGAAGGCUACGUGAAUAACCUGACACCCGAGAGUCUCGACCAGCCGACAGGAUCCCAAAAAUGGGAGAAGUGCCGACUGGCCUUGGUCAAGGCGGUCGGUGGCUAUAUGCUGGAGUUUUACACGCCCCCAAAAUCCGCAAAGCCACGCAGCGGUGUCUUCUGUUUCCUAAUCUCGGAGGCACGCGAGACCACAGCCCUGGAGAUGCCCGACCGCCUAAACACUUUCGUUCUCAAGGCGGACAACAACAUGGAGUAUGUGAUCGAGGCGGAGAGCGCCGAGGAGAUGCGCAGCUGGCUGGCCACCAUUCGCUACUGCAUGCGGACACCGCCCACACAGCAGCCCCUCAUCGAAUCAGACGUUAUAGCGGCUGCCAUGCAGACCUCGCCGACAAAUCCGUCGGGCAGCAGUGCGUUGGGUGGCAUACAGAAUCCCCAGUACCAGCAGCAGGGCGGCUCCAAUGGCAACCUGGUGGCCGGUGGAGGGGGUGUCGUUCUGUCCUCUUCUCUGUCGGCGGACAGCGCAUUGGCCUCUGCGGCCAUUGGCCAGGGAGCCACAUCUGCGAGCGAUAUAAAUGCCAUCAAUGAGCUGGGCACCACACCGCCGUCGGGACCCCCGGAAAUACCGAUGCGACCGCAUCGUGGCGAGCAGCGUCUCUCGGCCUCCAGCAAUUUCGAUGGCGUCGAGCUGACAGAGAACGAUGCGGAUGUAAAUGUGGCCGAUCUAACGGCGGAGAUGAGCCAGUUCCCCUGGUUCCAUGGCACGCUGACCAGAUCGGAGGCGGCACGCAUGGUCCUCCAGUCGGAGGCCGCCGGACACGGCUACUUUCUGGUGCGGCAGAGCGAGACACGGCGCGGCGAGUUCGUGCUGACCUUCAAUUUCCAGGGCAGGGCGAAGCAUCUGCGGCUGACCAUCUCGGAGAAGGGCCAGUGCCGGGUGCAGCAUCUGUGGUUCCCUUCGAUCCAGGAGAUGCUCGAACACUUUCGCCAUAAUCCCAUUCCCCUUGAAUCGGGCGGCACCUCUGACGUGGUCCUCACCGACUGGGUGCACAAUACCAGUAGACUGAACGAUCUCUCAGCGGCGGGAGCUUCGAUGGCGGCAGGAGGAGGAGCGCAUGAGGCGCACGGCCAGCAGCACCAUGAUCCGGCAGCGGCGGGCGGUGGGCCAACCAAUGGAAAUGGAAACGGCCAGGGGCAUGCAGCAGGAGGAGGAGGAGCAGCUGGCGGGGGCCAUCCGUCGCCGAGACAUUGCAGCGAAAUCAUUACCAUGAAUCUGAGUGUUCGCCUAAAGACAAAUGAAAUCGAACUGCCAUUGGAGCAGCCAACACACGUCUAUUUUCCGGAGCAAACCUACUUUCCUUUGGACUCCACAACGCUCACGGUGCACAGCUCGCCGCCAGCUGGGCAAGGCUUCCUCGAUCAGCCGCAUCUGCGGGCAUCCAAUGCCUCCUUGCAGGGCUCCGCACACCAUCAGCAGCAGCAGCAGCAGCACCAGGCGGUACAGGGCGGCAAUGCCAGCGGUAGUGGCGCCAGCGGCGGCAGCGGGACCGAGGGCAGCGGACGUGCCGUCGAUAAUCAGUAUAGCUUCACCUAAAUCCCGGCUGGAUUUGAUUGGGGGGAUACUUUGCGAAAUUUAUCAUUGUGCCAUUGUCUUGAGAAGGGGAAAUAUUUGUGUUUUUGCAUUACAAGAGAUGUAUGUAUAUCGUGUAGUCUGCUUUUCUUUGUUGCCUCUCCGUGUUCGUUUCCUUCUCUUUGCUUUCUUACUUGUUUCUAUUAAGUUUAGUAGUACCUCCUUGGAAGACAUGUAGUAACUGAAUAUUAUUAUGUAUACAUUAUUAUUAUAUA